UUCUUCAUAACUUUGCAAACUUUUCUGUUUGUUUCCAGUCGCGAGUGGUCGGUUCGUUUAUGUUCGGGCGAGUCCCGGGUCGCGGUCCAAACCAUCGCCGAAAGCGCCGUGCUUUACACAGCCGAGUGUGGGUCCGCAGAGCUUCGGUUCGGACGGGCCCCUUUGUUCCGACCCCCUUUGGUGAGUGGGCCGCUUUUUAGGAGCUCAGUCAUCCGAAAGCGGCCUUUCAGGCCCCGGACAAUGUCUGUGAAUCACUGAAGCCACGGCGCUGGGUCUACUAAAGCGGGCUCCACUCUCCUCGCAGGACGGGCCAACUGAAGCGGCUUCCCGGGAAUUGGGACAGCGCGAUGUGGCCCACAAUCUGCCGGUUCCUGCUGACGGCCCGGAUGCUAUGGCGAUGUGGGCGGGACUCCCAGCUGCUGGGCCUGCUGCUGUCGUGUGUUUGGCUGGGCGGAGCCUCUGCUGACAGUCGAGUGCCCAUCCUCACAGAGGAACCGCGCUCUGUGGUGCAGAAGCUGGGCAGCAGCGUGACCCUGUACUGCGAGGCUCGUCCGCAUAACAUUAACCUCAGCUGGCGUCUGAAUGGCCGGGAGCUGGCUGAGGCCGACCUGCAACUGCUGGGGGCGCAGCUGGUCCCCGGCGGCUUCUACAUUCAGACCCUGAGUGAGCGUGCUCUGGGCCGCUACCAGUGCGUGGCCAGCACCAGCCUGGGGGCGGUAGCCAGUGUGCCUGCCAACGUCACUGCAGCCAAGCUGCGGGACUUCGAGGCAGAUGACCAGCAGGAGAUCGAGGUGGAUGAGGGGAACACCGCGGUCAUCGAGUGCCAGCUGCCGGAGAGCCAGCCCCAGGCUCAGGUCCGCUACAGCGUCAAGCACGAGUGGUUGGACGCCUCCAGAGGGAACUACCUCAUCAUGCCAUCUGGAAACCUGCAGAUUGUCAAUGCCAGCGUAGAGGACGAGGGCACGUACAUGUGCGCCGCAUACAACCCCGUCACGCAGGAAGUGAAGACGUCUGCGUCCACUGACCAGCUGCGCAUUCGCAGGUCUCCUUCGGAGGGGGCACGCAUCAUCUACCCACCCACCCCCCGCUCCGUCAUGGUACCCAAGGGCCAGCGCCUGGUGCUGGAGUGUGUUGCCAGCGGGAUCCCACCCCCGCGGGUCACUUGGGCCAAAGACGGCACCGACCUGCUGCUCGCGAACACCACACGCUUCCUGCUCAGCAACCUGCUGAUCGACGCCGUAGCCGAGGCUGACUCCGGCACCUACGCCUGCCGUGCUGAUAACGGGCUGGGGGGGUCCGGCCCGGGCUCCUCCUCUGUGCGCUACCACGUGCAGGUGACCGAGCCCCCACAGGUGAGCAUUGAACUGCAGCGGCAGGCCGUGUCCUGGGGGAGUGCCGUCCGCUUCACUUGCCUGGUGCUGGGGAAUCCGACGCCGUCCGUGACAUGGCUGCACAACGCCCGCCCCCUGGUAGCAUCGCCGCGGCACCGGCUGUCGGCGCGGGGGCUGCGUGUGCUGCAGGUGGGGCCGCAGGAUGAUGGCGUGUACCAGUGCAUGGCUGAGAACGCCAUGGGAAGCGCACAGGCCUCCGCCUACCUGCUCACCGUCCCUGCUGGAACCUCUCGCACAGGGAAGCUGCCCUCCCCGGACAUCCUGCGUCCCAACGAGCCAGACACGCCGUGGAGGGGGGGGGGCACACAGGUGCCACCGACCUGCUCAGAGACGGGGGGGCCAGUCUCACAAGCGGAGGCCCCGGUGAUCCUGAGCCAGCCGCGCACCGGCCGCACCGACCUCUACGAGCUGACCUGGAAGCCGCGGCGUGACGGCGGCGCCCCCAUGCUGGGGUACAGUGUCAAGUACAGGAAGGUUGGGGACCCUCCUGCAAACUGGACCAUGAUGAAUGUCUCUGGGGGGCAGCACAAGCUGACUCUGGCCCAGCUGGAGCCGGCCAGCCUGUACGAGGUGGAGAUGGCAGCCCGGAACUGCGCGGGCCUGGGCCACCCGGCGAUGAUGACCUUCCGGACUGGGAAGGGCCGAAAACCCCCUGGCCCUGGUAGCCAGAGUGACUCCCCCAGAACGCCGCCUAUAUUGUCACCCCGCCUAUCUCCUCCGGAGGCCCCAGACCGGCCCACAGUCUCCAUGGCAACAGAGACUUCGGCCUACGUGACAUGGAUUCCCCGUGGCAACCGGGGCUUCCCCAUCCAGUCCUUCCGAGUGGAGUCCAAAAAGUUGCGCAAGGGCGAAUCGGACUGGGUGCUGGCUGUGGACCGCAUCCCCCCCUCGCGGCUCUCAGUUGAGAUCUCCGGCCUGGAGAAAGGAAUAUCCUACAAGUUCCGGGUGCGAGCAGUGAAUGUGCUGGGGGAGAGCCCCCCCAGCGCACCUUCUAAAGCCUACGCUGUGGUGGGUGGGGGCCAUAACCCCCCCAAGCGGCCUGUCAACGGACCCUACAUCACGUACAAUGAGGCUAUCAAUGAGACCACCAUCAUCUUGAAGUGGACGUAUACACCACUGACCAACAACACCCCCAUCUACGGCUUCUACAUCUUCUACCGGCCAACAGACAGCGACAACGACAGUGACUACAAGAAAGACGUUGUGAAGGGUGAUCAAUACUGGCAUUCGAUCACUGACCUGCAGCCGGAGACCGCCUACGACAUCAAGAUGCAGUGCUUCAACGAGGGCGGCGAGAGCGAAUAUGGCAAUGUUGUCAUCCUGGAGACCAAAGCCCGCAGGCAUCCACGCCCCCUGCCCACAGAGCCACCUACACAGAGUACGGAGCACCCCGGGGGCCCCGUGCCCCGGCCCAGUGACCUGCCAUACCUGAUUGUGGGUGUGGUGCUGGGGGCCCUCGUGUUCAUCAUCGUGGCCUUCAUCCCACUUUGCCUUUGGAGGGCAUGGUCGAAGCAGAAACAAACACCGGACCUGUGCUUCCCGGCCAGCACCGCCUCCUGCCACUACACAGUGGUUCCUUUGCAGGGAUUUGCAUUGGUGGGCCCCCGCCACACUGAUGGUCUGCUCCCUCAGGGAGAGCGGCCCUCGGAGGCCAAGCGACCCACCUACUUCCUGCCGGAUCUGCCCCAGGAGGAAGAAGAGCCCCAGCUGGAGGAUGACACCCUGCUCCCCCAACCUGGAAGCUACCACUCCUGCAGCAGCCAUGGACAGGACAAAGCUUACCUCCCAGAUGACUCCACCCAGCAGCUCCUCAACACCUCAGAUCAGCCAUUGAGCUGUGGAGACAGUGAGACCCAGCACCUCAGAGUGUGCGUGACCAGCAGAAUGGACACCAGUGCCGAUUUGCCAUGCUGUUCUGCGGUGACAACCACAGGGGUCUCUCGACCUUUGAAAGAGUCCAGCAGUCCAGUGUUAUCCCAUAAUGCACUGCGACAUGACGUUGGUGGCAGGCACAGCGGAACGUGGCCUGAAGAGAACAGGAUGGUGGAUUUUUUACAGGCAUAAAGACUGUCCAAGAAAAGAUGGCGUCUAUUUUUUUAUGACAUAUUUAUAUAUUUAUAGUUUUGUAAAUGCAUUUACAUAUGUUUUAUACUUUAAGGAGGGUUUGUUAUAUUGGAAUGCUUUUUUUUUUAUUGAGCUCUAUCAACAGCAGCUGUAAUUUUACAGUCAGUAAUGUAGUUCUUGUGUAAAGCUGCAUUUCUGUCCACGUGUGCUGUGGAUUCGAGCUGGAGAAGGAGCUUUUCUUCUGUAAAGGCUGACGUUACUCUGGGAAUGUGAUCAGCGCCGUCCUCCCUGCAGUUACUCUCAGAGUAUGAUCAGCAUCACCCUGCCUGUAAUGGACUUCAGUGUACAUGACUGUUUCUGCAUUAAAACGACGCAGAAUGCGAGUUUCCUCUUUGCUUGAGGUGUGGGCGUAUUUGGCUUGUGAGAGCAUGCAGUUGUAAGUGGUUUAUUGUUGUAUCUGCGCACUUACUGUAAUAAUCCAGUGUUGGGCUUUUUAUACAGCCGAUCGCAUUAAAGUUGGGAUUACAUGA